AUGAACAGGGAGAUACCAGGGUUCUACUACGACCCUGAGAAGAAAAAGUACUUCAAGAUCGAGGCAAGCCACAAAGCCCCAGCAGGAUCUCAAUAUUCCAAAGAUGCUGUUAAGCGCAAACGCAAGGACCAGGAGAAACGUCAACGGAAAGUCCACCUCACUCGGAGGAUAGCAAAGGAAAAAAUCAAAAGAGCAGCAUUCCUAGCCAACCCCCUCAUUGGGGCAGAGCGGGAGAUUGGAACCCAGCUUGUGACCAAGAGUUCCCGGCAAGAUCAACGGGGUUUGCUAUAUGCUAGCCAACUUCGCCGAAACCAGUUGCACCAAUUUGAGCCCUGGCCAGAUGAAUACUCUAUUAAACAUGUAUUGCGCAACCAACGGUCCGGGAUUCUGGUCGCUAGCGGCCAUCGCGGUGGUGAAUCUUCUGUUUCAAUAUGCUUCCCAGACUGCGAUCAGGAAAAAUGGACUUAUAACCGGACAAUGGAACGGGUACUCUUCAAAGAACCCUAUAGGGUAUGUUGCUCGUCUUUCGGACAUCAUAAUCGAUCGACAACCGCUGAUGUGAUAGCGACAAUGGAUAGCGGUCCGAACGGCGACUCAUUCCUCGCACCACGAAUGCUUCCCGAUCCCGACGAGGGUGGCGAUUACCGCUGGCCUCCAAGCUUUUCCCACCCAGUUCGCCUCCGCAUGGCAUCAUCGCUCUGGUGUUCCGCGCCCUGCCCCGUAGGUACUAUGCCCUUUUUCGCGAUCGGCACCUCAGACGGGCUGCAUACGUUGGAAGGCUUCGGAAGCUACUGGGCCCUAUCAAAGAAAUCAUUUGCGAACGAUGUAUACUCGGGAAAACCAAUCCUUCACCGACGGAUAGAUUCGUCCCACGCCCUCGUUACCAGCGUUGAAUGGCUCUCGGCCCAAGUCAUCGCCGCCGGACUCAAAGACUCAGCGAUAUUCCUCCAUGACCUUCGCAGUGCCGGGACGGCCACGAGACUCCAGCAUUCGCAUGCCGUCACUAAAAUCAAAAGCGUUGACCCAUAUCGCAUGGUUGUGGCCGGAAUAAACUCAGACAAUUAUACCCGGAGAGUAUCUGACACAAAGGUAGCUGAAAAUCUUCUCAGAUUAUUCACCCGAGAUUAUACCUGA